UCUAGGCACCUUGUUGAUGAUGAUGAUGAUGAUGAUUAUUGUUGUCGUCUGUCGAAGCUGUCUGUUUUGUUAUUAACUUUGUAAAUAAUAAAUAUUAGGUACAUUUGUUUGUAAAUAAAAAUGGACAAAAAUAUAUUAGAUCCAAAAGUUGUUUGGGUUGAGGGUAGAUGUUAUAGAUUUUUUGAAAGUAAUUGUUGGGGAUUAAAAAGUGAAGAGCCUUAUGUUGAAGAUGAUGAUGAUGGAUAUGAAAAAUUAAUGGAUCUCAUUGACAAACAUGAUGAUGAUUAUCUUGUAACAUCAUGUGGUGAAGGAAAAUUUAAACAUUCAUUUUCACUUCCAGAAGUAUUUUAUCGUUUUAUUGUUGGUAUAAAAGGUUCAACAAAAAGAAACAUUGAACAAGAAACACAAACAAAAGUUCAAGUACCAAAUGCUAAACAACAACAAUCUGGUAAUCCAGCAAAUAAAAAAAAUGAAUUAACAAUGGGUGAAGCAAUUAUUAUAACUGGAUCAUCUAGAGAAUGUAUAUUAUCAUGUCGUCGUAAAAUUGAUCUUUUGGUUGAAUCAAAUAGAUGUAAAAUACGACCAAAUUAUUUUAUAUCAAUUCCAUUGAAUACAAAUGUUAAAAUAUUUGAUAAAUUUAUUGAAUUUAAAAAAGCUAUUAUUGAUAAUCCUGAUUCUAAGCGAAUGGGUAUUGUUGAUGAUUUAUUUGUCAGUGAAAAUAAGUUACAUUUGACUAUUGGUGUUAUGUUACUUAUUGAUGACAAUGAACAACAAGAAGCAAUAAGUCAUUUGGAAAAAUGUGUCAAUGAAAUUAUCAAGCCACUUUUGAAUGCUAAAAAUGGACCACUUGUAUUCAAAAUCCAGGGUGUUGAUGUGUUUCGUGAUCGACGUUAUGAUUUAAAACAAACAAAUAUUUUAUUUGCUAAAGUAUCACCAAGUCAAUUGCUCCAAGAUAUUGCUAAUAAAAUAUAUUUAUAUUUCUUUGAAAAAGGUAUUAUGAAAGAAAAUAAAUCAAAAAGUGUACAACUUCAUAUGACUUUGAUGAAAAGUAGUAAAUUAAUCGACACCAAGCUUGGGAAUCAUGAUAAACCACCAAAUUUUGAUGCAACAAAGAUCAUGCAGGAUUAUAAAGAUUACGAAUUUGGUGAAGCUGUUUUCGAUACUCUUCAAAUAUGUGAUAUGGAAUCAGACAAUGAUGAUGGGUCUUAUAAAAAUAUCGUAGAAAUUGAUUUAUCGAAAUAAUUGUAAAUUACAUAAAAAAUUACAUUAAUAUAUUAUUUAUUUAUAAAAAACAAUUAUAAUUUUUUUUUUUUUUUUUAAAUAGUAACAAAGGUUUUUAUUUUGAUUUUAUUCAUUUUGAAUUAUUUAAUUUAUUGUGAUCUAAUUUUGUUAUUUUUUUAAGUCUUUGUUGCGUUUUUUUUUUUU